AUGUCAUUUGUCACAAUUUUGGCUGUAUUCGACGCUUCGAGCCUUUUCGGCUCGAAUCUCUGGUCCGGGCUGUGCGGGCACAAGCUCCGGGAACUCAUUCUCUGUCCCUGUUCUUUGGCGAAUGACGAGCCGCCGUUUCUGUCGGUCGGGACAGAUGUCUCCGCGAAAUAUAAGGGAGCCUUUUGUGAGGCGAAAAUCAAGAAGGUUCAAAGAUCGGUCAAAUGCCGACUUUCAUUCAAGUCCGUCAUGGGCGGCUCCGUGAUUGUGCCGGACGAUCAUAUAAGAGGGAAUUACAAAGUCGGUUUGACGGUGGAAGCGAAACAUCCCGACAAACCGAGUUUGUUCCAAGAAGCAACCGUCAUAAAAAUUAUCGAUCAGAGCCAAUAUACCGUCGUUUUCGACGACGGGGACGUGACAACUCUUCGGAGAACCUCACUUUGCCUCAAAAGCGGGAAACAUUAUAUGGACGGCGAGUCGCUCGACCAGCUGCCCCUAACCAACCCAGAGCACUUCAGCGCGCCUGUUGCGCCAACAGCGGGAAACACAGGGAGCUCUUCGAACGUCGGGAAUUCUCCAGCUCCAGGCGAGACGCGAGGUGCAGGGGCUCAGGCUAGGGAACAACUGGGGAAAAGCGGAAUGCCACCGCGUAAGAAGCGUACCGCAGCCAGUCUUGGUGAAUUCCUCUGCCGCGAAGGAGGCGACGCGAGCAGCCAAGAGGAGGACGAACCUGAAACGACUCCGCGAAGGAAGCGUAACCAGCCGACGACGAAUCUCACACCUAGGGAAUCCCGGAACAGGUCUGCCAUGAGCGCGGGAUCCGUGAUCUUGAUUGAGGUCGAACGCAAAGACGAGAAACCUCCGCGGGGAUCAGAUACGCCGCGUAGCAAACGAGACUAUGUUUCCGCUCCCGCUCUCGUUCUGAGGGACCAGAGCUCGAUCAAGCGAGACGAAGUCAGGGUCAAACUAUUCCGAGACGGCCAAGUGAUGGUGGUCGCGAGAAAAGACGCCACAGAAUUCGAUCGCAAAUUGAUUCUCAAAGGGAACCCUCAGAAGUCUGCGUGUUCCAAAGCUUUGGUCUAUUGUGAGAAAGGGGAGCUCCCUCAGGGUUGGAGUCGCAAGGAACUUCUCGAUGAGCCCGCGGACACCGAAGACGACAACGAGCCGGAUCGCGCCGAGGAAGACGAUGACAACGACGACGCCCGAGACAGUGGCGAGGAUCAGGAAGACGAAGACGAAACCGAUCCCGAUGAAGAAGUUCACGACGAAGAGAAAGACCGCUUCGUGGCCCAAUUGUACAAAUUCAUGGACGAGAGGGGCACCCCGAUCAACAAGGCGCCGGUGGUCAACGGCAAAGACCUCGACUUGCAUCAGCUAUUCUCAUCAGUGCAGAAAAUCGGUUCCUUCGACAAAGUCACCAACUUGAACAAAUGGAAGGACGUCUACUCGAAGUUAUUCAAGGAGCCAAAAGCCACGCCAGCCCAAGGCCAGCAACUCAAGUCGGCCUAUAAAAAGUAUCUCCAGGGUUUCGAGGAUCUCUAUCGAAAACUCGGGAUGGCCACCACGCUGGAUACGAAGGUCAGCACAUCGGGAGGCCGCAGUCAACGAAUAAUGACCCGAAACAAACAGUUGCCAGUCAAUGUGUUCAAAGCGAGGGAUCGUAAAGCCGUAACGCCACAGCCCGAUUCGCCGACGUCGUCCAUCGGGAAAAACAGGGAUAAGGACGCAGGAGUCGACGAAGAGAAACGAUCUGUGAGGAAAAAAAUCAUCGAGGAUAAAGAUGCGGGCGCAGUCACUCCGAAACGCAUCCGUAGCGAUAGCUUGGACAAUUCCACGAGAAAAGCGAAGGAGAAAGCCGCGGCCGCAUCUGCGGUGAAGAGCUCCAAGGAGAAGGAAGAUAAGGUCGUUGCAAGCAACACCGUCGCGGGCUCAACCGUUGCAGCCGCGGCCAGCAGUACGGCCGCAGUUGUGGGAACGGGAAAUAACGGCGGUGGGAGCGGGGCGGGAGCUGGCGCAGGGCCCGGGGCUGGAGGUCCCAAGAAGAAGAGGGACAAGAACUCCGAUACCGAAGCGAGCGAAAGCGAAGCCACCCCCCUGAAGAAGAAUAUCGAGCCGAUUCGCGUGAACGACAGGAUCAAGGUCAAGUACGGUCACGGUAAGCAACUCAAAGUGUACGAAGCCAAAGUUUUAAAAAUCGAAGACGCUGAUGGUGACAGCACUGAGAAGAAAUACCUCGUGCACUACACGGGCUGGAACAAUCGCUACGAUGAAUGGAUUCAGAAGAAACGGAUCCUCGAAAACAUCACACUCAAAAUGGACAAAGGACGGGGUCCUGGGAGAAAAUCUGCUGCCUCUGCUGCAGAACGUGAGAAGCGUCUGGACGACAAAGACUCGUCGAACUCUCCGAGCGAAAGCAAAAACGAAAAAGCCGAAGGCGGUUCGAAACGAGACCGAUCGAUAGAGAAAGACACGGCGACGUCGACAUCAAAGAAAACCAGAGAAUCGGCCCCAAAGGAGAAAGACGAGGAGAACAACGAGGAGCCUCGCAAGCGCCGGGGGAAGCUUACGAAGAAGUUCUCCGAAGAACCCACGUCCGAGACCAGCGUCCAAACUCGACAAAAAGAUCAGGCUCCCGCAAAGGACAACAAUCCCCCAAAGGACGGCGCUAAACAGAAGGAUGAGGAAGUUGCCAAGGAAAAGAAGCCUACAGAGGUCAUUAAGGACGAGAAGAAGGACGGCGCGACCUCCACUGCAACUGCUAAGACUGUGAAGGAUGAGAAAAAGCAUUCGGGACCUCCAAGCAGCUCGAACGAGAGCCAGGGUGCCGCUCCCGUUAAAAAGCUUGUUGAAGUUAGUCCCGAGCAAACUGCGCGAGUAUUUGCUGUGAAGUCGAAGCCACCUGAAUCCAGCCCACCUCCUCCGACGGCUGCCACGUCGUGUUCCCCGGACGCUGCCGCAACGAGCGCGACGGCUGCGACUUCGGCCCCGCUUCCGGCCGUGCCAGACGUUGGUCCAUCGAUCGAGAAACAGGCACCAUUUGUAGCGGGAACUAAGAGGGAUAGGCUCGAGCUCAAGAAGGAGAAGCUCGUCGAGGUGAAAAAGGAAAAGGUUGACGAGGAAUCCAAAGACUCCCCGGCUCAAGAGAAACAAGCGUCUACACCAAAGAGAUCGCGGGUCACCAAACGGAAGAAGGCUGGCACGCCCUCUUCCGCGGCUGCGGUGUCCACAUCAACAAUUGCAGCGUCAGUUGUACCGUCCCCGCAGCCGUCCGCCGCUCCUGCACCCGAUUCGACAACAAGCGGUAGCAGCGUCCCAGCCAGUUCGACGGCGCCGACGUCAACAUCGGUGAUCUCGACCGCUAUAGCUGCACCUCAAACAGAAAAAACACCUGCAACAGCUGCACCACCAACGGCACCGAGCGUAUCCGCCAAAGAGGCUGUCCCGUUGGAAAGUGUCUCGAGGGAAAGCGAACUUCAAGAACGAGUGGAAGCGCCUGUUCUGGCUUCGAAAACUCCAGCUGCAGUGAUUCCAGAGACCCUCCCAUCUGCAACGUCAACCACCGCCCCCGCUGCAACAUCUUCGAGUGCACCGGUAGUUCCUCCGAAAGAAGAGCAGUCCGAAGGCGAAGAUACCGAUAUCGAAAAAGAUCCCAUCGAACCCACCAUCGGUGGACCCUCGCUCACCUCGCUCGCUCAGCAGCCUCCACCUGCUGCUGGCGCUGCGGCAGCUGCUCCGAGCGGUGUCGGGGUUUCCGACGAGACGACUAUCACACAAGACGAUGACGAUGAGCAAUUGAUGGAUCUCGAUGAGAGUGGGGUUGAAGCAUUCGACGCGGAGGCCGCUGCGAGUAGCGUUGAGAGCACUCCUACCACUUUCGCUAACGUGACACCCCUGACGUCUUCCACGCCACGAACGAAUGUGGUUGUGGAAAACUCGACACCGGUAGCUUCGAAGACUCGAAAACCCCGAGGACUGAAGAAGGUCGAAGAGGAGGAAAAGGAAAAGAAAGAAGAAACCCCCUCGAGAGUCAAGGAAGAAAAAUUACCUGAAGAGAAAAAGCUCCCCAUGGCGGUCAAGUCUCGCGCGAGGAAGAUUUCCGAACCUCCCGAGGAAGAACCAGGGAACAGCAGGAAACGUCCGCGGAAGACGCCAGAAGUUGCCGGCGGUUUCGCUUCGAAGCUAGCUGCGGUUCAGUCGCCUGCUACGGUGAAAGAAUCUCCCGUCACAGAAUCCCCCAAGACCUCGCUUGUCGCAGCCGAGGUUGUCAAGAAGCCCGAACCCAAUGACAGGACGAAAAUCGACGCAGACGAAACCCUCAAACCGGCGACUCCGCUCCCGUCGAGCUCCAGCAAGAGUAUAUUCGACGAGGUCAAGCAAAAGGAAAAAGACGGAAAAGAGCAGAAAAGCGAUCAACCCACCACGUCAUUCAUGACGAAAAAGCGUAAAACUUUGCAUAAAGUUGACGAAGAAUCGCAGCCUUCUCCUCCAUCGACUCCGGUGAUCGCCAAGAAGACUCGGGUGGAAGAACUCAAACAGGCAGAGAAAGUGGUGAAGCACGAAGUGGUGAAGGAUAUCGAUACGGAGAGCGAAACCUCUGAGGAGAAGGUCGAAGCCGCCGACAAUAUUGGCGAGGUAGAAGAACGAGGCGAAGAACUCAAGAGACGGGAAGCCGAAAGGGCCGCGGCCGGUGACGUCCUGGCGUCCCUAGCCAGCGCCUGUGGCCCGAAGGAGCCCGAGCAAGCCGGGGGUUUAUUCCUCAUAUGCGAGGAGAAUGUUCUUCCCGAGAGUCCAGUUCCGAAUAACAACAAUAAUCAGGAGAAUAAUGACGUUCCCGGUCCUGCUCACGCGCCUGAGGAGGACGCGGCUCAGAACCGAGCUGAAAUAUCCUCGGCGUGCGUGACGGAAGUCACGCCGCCGACGACCCCGGACGAUUCACAGUCUUCAGCGAGCAAUCAGAAUGCUCCAUCCAAUGCCAACAACAGGCGCAACGCUGUCGGAGGUCAAGGGUCCGCGAGAGGUUCCGAGGGUCCUGGACCUGUGGACGAAGAAAGUACGAUGUCCGCUGACAGCAGCGAUUCUGCCAGACCGUCGGCCGUUGAAAGAGAGAGAGAAAAGGCUGUUCGGGGCAAGGGUGGUCUAGGAGGUGCGGGUCGUGGGAGAAUGAAACGGACUCGCAAGACCUUACGGCAAAAAGCAGGUCAACGACGUGCGGAACGAGGCAGUCCCGAUCAUCACGCUGGUCAGCGUGGAGAAGGACGGCAUGUCGGCUUGAUGUGCGCACAGAUGCCCCCUAACUACGAUCCUGUGAGACCGGCGAGAUAUAACUUCCUGUUGCCGAUAGAUGAGAAUUUGGAUGCGGAAGAACGCAUUGGUAUCAUUCAGGAUAGGCUAUGCGAGUUGAAAAAGACGUAUCUCUCUUUGAAGUCGGAAAUCGCAGUCAUCGAUCGGAAACGAAAACGACUGCGACGAAGAGAAGCAGUGCUCGGAACGGUGGCCUCGGGCUCAGGGAACACGGCUCCGGGCUACGCAGCUCGUUAG